AGCUCGAAGAUUUGUCUUCUAGAACUAUCUGGCAUCAGACUCACGUGUGCUGUGAGGCUCGUUAUUUGUGUUCUAUCGGCAAAAUGUUGUCCAGGCUAGCAACCGUUGCCUCAAAAGCAAAUGUGGUGGUGUCGAAGCCAAAUCACUUCAACUUACUUAAUCAGUAUGGAGUUGCUGCUACUUCAAUUGGUUGGAUGCAGCAUGCUGAGACGCUCCAGAGGCGAUUUAAGUCAGAUCAAGUGAAAGGAGCAGUUGUAGGAAUUGACUUGGGCACAACAAACUCGUGUGUUGCUGUCAUGGAGGGCAAGCAGGCCAAAGUGAUCACCAACGCAGAGGGCGACCGCACAACUCCUUCAAUUGUAGCCUUCACCAAAGAUGGUGAGAGGCUUGUUGGCAUCCAAGCCAAACGUCAAGGCGUGACCAACACUGCUAAUACUUUUUAUGCAACUAAGCGACUCAUUGGCAGGAAGUUUGAUGAUGAAGAAAUCAAGAAAGAUAUGAAAAAUAUUCCUUUUAAAAUCGUGCGUGCGAGCAACGGCGAUGCUUGGGUUGAAGGUUCAGAUGGCAAGGUUUACUCCCCUUCACAAAUUGGUGCGUUUACUCUCAUCAAAAUGAAAGAAACAGCAGAAGCGUAUCUAAAUCAACCUGUCAAGAAUGCCGUUAUUACUGUCCCUGCAUACUUCAAUGAUUCACAGCGUCAGGCCACUAAAGAUGCCGGCCAGAUCUCUGGCUUGAACGUCCUUCGCGUUAUCAACGAGCCAACCGCUGCUGCACUCGCGUACGGCAUGGAUAAGACAGAGGACAAGGUUAUUGCUGUGUACGAUCUCGGAGGCGGGACGUUUGAUGUGUCACUCUUGGAGAUCCAGAAAGGUGUAUUCGAAGUCAAGUCUACAAAUGGUGAUACUUUCCUAGGAGGAGAGGACUUUGACAGGCAUCUUGUGAACUUCAUGGCUGCUGAAUUUAGGAAGGAACAAGGUGUGGAUGUCACCAAGGAUAAUAUGGCAAUGCAACGGCUGAAGGAAGCAGCUGAGAAAGCCAAGAUUGAGUUGUCUGCCUCCACUCAAACCGACAUUAACCUGCCUUACCUCACCAUGGAUUCUUCAGGGCCUAAACACAUGAACUUGAAGCUGACCCGCGCCAAGUUUGAAAGCCUGGUUGAUGGUCUCAUCAAGAGGACGGUUGCACCCUGCAUCAAAGCCCUCAAGGACGCCGAGGUUACAAAGAAUGAAGUUGGGGAGGUCCUCCUUGUCGGCGGCAUGACCAGGAUGCCAAAGGUUCAAGCGACCGUGCAAGAGAUAUUCGGACGUGCUCCUAGCAAGUCAGUGAACCCUGACGAGGCAGUAGCGAUGGGCGCUGCUAUUCAAGGAGGUGUAUUGGCCGGUGAUGUGACGGACGUGCUGCUGCUCGACGUUACGCCGCUCUCACUUGGUAUUGAGACGCUCGGCGGUGUCAUGACCAAGCUUAUCAACAGGAACACAACCAUCCCUACCCGCAAGAGUCAGGUGUUUUCGACAGCCGCUGACGGCCAGACUCAGGUGGAGAUCAAGGUGCACCAGGGCGAGCGCGAGAUGGCUGCUGAUAACAAAAUCCUGGGUCAGUUUAGCCUUGUAGGCAUCCCUCCCGCGCCACGAGGUGUCCCGCAAAUCGAAGUUACAUUCGACAUCGACGCCAACGGCAUCGUGCAUGUCUCUGCCCGCGAUAAGGCUUCUGGCAAGGAACAACAGAUUGUGAUCCAGUCUUCUGGAGGUCUAAGCAAGGAGGAGAUCGAAAACAUGGUGCGCAAAGCCGAGCAGUACGCUGCAGAGGAUAAGAAGAAGAGAGAACUUAUUGAAGCCAUCAACCAGGGCGAGAGCAUCAUUCAUGACACUGAAUCUAAGCUCGAUGAAUUCAAGGAUCAACUCCCAGCUGAUGAGGUCUCGAAGCUCAAGACUGAUAUACAGGCUGUUCGCGAACUAAUUGCAAUUAAAGACUCCGCUGAUCCUGAGGAAAUUAAGAAGAAAGUAACUGAGCUCCAGCAGGCUUCUCUCAAACUUUUUGAAAUGGCUUACAAGAAGAUGGCCGCUGAGCGGGAAGCGGGUGGGAGCAGCAGGAGCGGCAGCUCUUCAGAUGACUACUCGGGAGAAGCUCACUCCAGUGAAAAGACUGCUGAAGAGGAGAGCAAAAAGAAAGGAGAGGACAAGCAGUAAUAAAAAAGUCUAUUAUGUAGAUCCUAACAUAAAAUCGCUAGGUCGUAGAACGUUGCAGAAGAGCGUAGCUUCAGAGGUGUCCUGCUGUGACUGGACAAAUGGCAGUCAUCUUACACUUUUUGCCAGUCGGAUCACUGCAUCCACUCUUUUCAUCGAGGCAAAGUGAAAAUUCUGUCAUUUUACUAACGGUAACAGUUCAGGUAAAGCUUGUUUCUGCGACGUUGUCUGUGAAAAAUCGCCCUACCUUAAGCAAUGCUUGAUGGCUUCUGAUUAGGCAAAAUAUCAGUGAUUUCUUCUAUUCGAAUUAUAUAAAUUUUGUUUAUUUUAUUCUUAAAACUCGCUCAAAAUUACUUUUUCGAUUUAAAUUAUAAAAGUUGAUUAGCUAGAAAGUAGGCGCGAACGGUUUGCAGGAUCAUAGUCGUGAAAAUGCCCUAAUUUCAAUAGAUUAUGUUCCAAGAUCUGUUGCGUCUCUCAUACUUGUUUUUGUUAAUGAGUGUUGUUGAUCUGGUCAUGUGGGCAUUCAACCUUCCCGAUGUUCACGAGAGUUAUAUACUUUCUUUGUGGUGUUUAUGCGAGAAUAUUUUCCUGUGAUUCGUAUUACAAUUGGUUGCACAACGUACCUAUUCAUGCGAAUUUCUCACCUCAGGAGAGAUCCACUUUGUUUAAAAUUCAUUUGAAAUCUCUCAAUUCAAUGACAUGUACUUAGACGGCUGGCUCUGUUUCUGUUAGUUCUAAUUAGCUUUCUCUACAAUGAACAAUUCCAAGCGCAGGAUAUCGUCUUUGCUUGCUGACUAAUUUCAAGCCAUGCAAAAUGUAUUAAGAUUGUUAUCUCUGAUUAUAGGACGAUUAAUGCUUGUAUUCCAUUAAUUAGUGUAUAUACGUUGUAAAAAUGUAUCAAAUAAUAUAAGAAACGGCAUUUUG